AUGCGGAUAGCACCGUUGCUGGCUACAGUGCUCGGCUGCCUAUUGCCAGUCUCGGCCACCAUCCUCCAGAAUGGCCAGGUCAGGGAGGAUCCGUACCCGGGCCAGGCAGCCAACAUUACUCUCGACGCUUCCUGGCGCACCUACGACGCCAGUGCCGACGAAAUUGCAUACAAAGGCCGCUGGGACAGCAAGCAUAUUUCCUGGUGGUCGUUCGUCUCCCUCUCCUGUCCAUCGUACCCUCCGUCCUGCACGACAACGCUAAUUCAUCCAGAGCGCCGGGUAUCAAAGUCGGGUUCUCAGGGAAUCAACGUCGGCUCCCUCGACUGGCAAUUUUCCAAUGUCACCGCGGACACCACCUACCAGUUCGUCACUCCGGAUACGUUGGAGGGGAUUGAUGCGGGAGACACCAAUGUGUUCGAACUACGCGUCCAAAUCGCCGGCGUCGCAGUCCCACAGAAUGCUAGCCUCAGCAAACCUCCCCGGUUCGACAAGAGGGUGGAGAUCAUUGGCGGCUCGCUGGCAUCGGGCCAAUUCGCUACGUAUGAAGCGCUAUCCGGAUGGGCCUAUCUAUUUGCCGAAGGCUUAGGAAAUGCCGAAUACACAAUCACGGCCUACCCCGGUGUCUGCCUCGCAGAUAUGAAAUGCUACGGCGGCGGCGUGCACGGCAUGCCCUGGUUCUGGCACCGCGCGUCCGACCCCGGCGUGCGGGCGCAAGCGAUGUACGGGAAAGACCCGGAGAAAUUCGACGUCAAGGGCGACCAACCGGCGGACCUGGUGAUCAUCCAGAUGGGCGGAAACGACCACCGCAAACCGAACGAGAUCUCGGGCGACGAUUACUUUCACGACUACGUCCGUCUAGUGGACGACAUCCACCACACGUGGCCGAAGGCUACGAUCGUGCUUAUGUCCCAAUGGGGUGAAUGGACCCUCGAAGGAACGCAGUACGUCCCGAGCACGCUAUACUACGACGAGACGAAGCGCGUCCACGACCAGUUCAAGGAACAUGCGUAUGUGCGCUACUUCGAGACGAGGGGGAUCCUCCAGCACAAUGAUAUCGACCCUAAGAACCACCCAACCGACGUGGGGCAUGUCAAGAUCGCGAGCCAUCUGUUGCAAUGGACGCGGAUCAUGAUGAGAUGGGAUCUCGAGCCGACGGGCGAGGUGGGCCAUGGGAUGCUCUACUGGAACGAUCAGCAGGAGUAUUGA